GGUGUCUUGGGAUGCUGAUCCUCUUUCAGUCAAUAGAAAGAAAAGUAAAUGAAAUGCCAUAGCCAAUAUUAGAGAUAUAUUAAUUUAAGUCUUUGUUGCUUUUAUAUUUUUCUAGGACAAAGAAAUCUUCAACAACCAAAAAUGAGGUUCAUAUUCACAAGCCGGUUCUUGGCACUAUUUCUUUUUCUACAUAACCCAACCACAAUUUUUCCUACCAAUUCAAAUCAAACCUAUUCAACAAUAGAGCCGGAGCCAUUUCUUUACGUCGUAGGACGAAAGAAGAUGAUGGAUGCACAGUACAAAUGCUAUGAGCGAAUGAGGCAGUUACCCCCAUACCAAGGAGAAGGUCCGUAUUGCAAUCGCACCUGGGAUGGAUGGCUGUGCUGGGAUGACACACCGGCUGGAGUACUGUCCUAUCAGCUCUGCCCAGAUUAUUUUCCAGAUUUUGAUCCAUCAGAAAAGGCUACAAAAUACUGUGAUGAAAAAGGUGUUUGGUUUAAACAUCCUGAAAACAAUCGAACCUGGUCCAACUAUACUAUGUGCAAUGCUUUCACUCCUGAGAAACUGCAGGAUGCAUUCGUCCUUUACUAUUUGGCUAUUGUGGGUCAUUCUUUAUCAAUUUUCACCUUAGUGAUUUCCCUGGGGAUUUUCGUGUUUUUCAAAUAAUUGACAACUGUUUUUCCUUAGAACUGGAAAUAUAGGAAUGCAUUGAGCCUUGGCUGCCAAAGGGUAACCCUGCACAAGAACAUGUUUCUUACUUACAUUCUGAAUUCUAUGAUUAUCAUUAUCCAUCUGGUUGAAGUAGUGCCCAAUGGAGAGCUCGUGCGAAGGGACCCGGUGGGCUGCAAGAUUUUGCAUUUCUUCCACCAGUAUAUGAUGUCCUGCAACUAUUUCUGGAUGCUCUGUGAAGGGAUCUAUCUUCAUACCCUCAUUGUGGUGGCCGUGUUUACCGAGGAGCAACGCUUGCGGUGGUAUUAUCUCUUGGGCUGGGGGUUCCCGCUGGUGCCAACCACUAUCCAUGCUAUUACCAGGGCCCUGUACUUCAAUGACAACUGCUGGCUGAGUGCAGAUACCCAUUUGCUUUACAUAAUCCAUGGCCCUGUCAUGGCGGCACUUGUGGUCAAUUUCUUCUUUUUGCUCAACAUUGUCCGGGUGCUUGUGACCAAAAUGAGGGAAACCCAUGAGGCGGAAUCACACAUGUACCUGAAGGCUGUGAAGGCCACCAUGAUCCUUGUGCCCCUGCUGGGAAUCCAGUUUGUCGUCUUUCCCUGGAGACCUUCCAACCAGAUGCUUGGGAAGAUAUACGAUUAUGUGAUGCACUCUUUGGUUAAUUUCCAGGGAUUAUUUGUUGCAACGAUCUACUGCUUCUGCAACAAUGAGGUCCAAACUACCGUGAAGCGCCAAUGGGCCCAAUUCAAAAUUCAAUGGAAUCAGCGCUGGGGGAGCCGCCCCUCUAACCGCUCCCCUCGCCCUGCAGCAGCCGCUGCAGCUGCUGCAGCCGCCGCCGCCGCCGCCGCCGCCGCCGCUGCUGCUACCGCAGAGGCCGACAACAUUCCGGUUUUCAUCUGCCAUCAGGAGCCGAGGAAUGUACCAGCCAACAGCCAAGGCGAGGAGAAUGCUGAGAUGAUUCCUCUGAACAUCAUAGAACAAGAGUCAUCUGCUUGAAUGUGAAGCAAACACAGUAUCGUGAUCACUGAGCCAUCAUUUCCUGGGAGAAAGACCAUGCAUUUAAAGUGAUCUCCAUCCUCCCAGGAACCGAACAUAUCAUUUGUGAAGAAUUAUUCAGUGAAUUUGUCCAUAGUAAACCUGAAGAAAGUUAUUCUUGGUACUAUUGCUUUGGGAGACAGUCUAGGAAUGGAGUCUCCCACUGCAACUUGUGAACUCCAUCAUUCAUCCAGGACUGAGAUGCAAAUGUCACAGUAAUGCAAGCAAAGUAUCAAAGAAACACAAAGAAAUUGACCUAGUUCAGAUACAGGGUGCUCCUUGUUGAUAUUGAGCCAUUUAUACCUUUGAAAAAUUAAAAUCACUCUCGAUAUUUUUCUUUUUAACUCUAGAUUUUGAAUUAGAGUAUUUCUGUAUUUGACCAUGGAUCUGAUUUUUAAUUUUUUUAAUUUCAAUCAAUACUGAUGUUACUGAGAAGUUUUACCAUCCUUACAAUGUAAACCACACGAACUACGUGAUCUCUGCAAGACAAAGUAGCUUUCUAAUAGACAGAUGACUAAAUAUGUGAAGAAAAAGAC